UAGAAUUCAUCCAUGGACAACAGGAACAAAUGUGCAGGCUGCUACAGACAGUUCAACAAGAUGGAGCAUCUUGUCGAGCACAUGAGGAUUUCGUAUCACUCGAAUCACGAACCCCUCUGCGGAGUCUGCCACAAGCAUUGCCGCUCCUUUGAGUCUCUCAGAGAGCAUCUCAUAGGACCUCUUCCUAAAGCCGAAUGCGAGAGGAUAUUCAAGGAUCGAGGAUGCGACAUCUGCUUGAAUGUCUUCAGCAGCCGCCACGCUCUUCUCCAUCACCGAGACAAAUGCCACUUCUCCCGUCGAAACAAUGGUUAUAGAAUGGGGAUUCAAGAUGAGUUGAGGAUGGAUAACACAAGGGGGAAAGUGGUGUCUCUGGCUUGCAAAAUGGUGGGAGGAGGCAGUGAUGGCUCACUAGACCUCUGUGCAAGAGUCUGCCUCAUUGAUGAGAACGAAAACAUCCUUUUCCACACCUAUGUCAAGCCAAGCCUUCCUGUCACCAACUACAGGUACGAGACGACUGGCAUAAGGCCGGAGUAUUUGAGGGAAGCGACGCCAGUUAGACAAGUUGGAAGGAAGAUUCAAGACUACUUAUGCAAUGGGGAGCCGAUAUGGCAGAUCCGGUCUAGAACUGGAAAAGCUCGAAUCCUCGUUGGCCAUGGCCUCGAACAUGACUUAAAAUGCUUGGAGUUUGAGUAUCCCGAGUUUCUCAUUAGGGAUACUGCUAAAUAUCCACCAUUGAUGAAGACGAGCAAGCUGAGCAACUCGUUGAAGUACUUGACAAAGGCAUAUCUCGGAUACGAUAUUCAGAACGGGGUGCAGGAUCCGUACGAGGACUGUGUUGCAGCGAUGAGGCUGUACAAGAGAAUGAGAGCACAAGAUCAUAGGGUGGAGAGCUAUCCAUUGGCUUCUGAUCAGCAGAAUCGGAAUAACUUUGCUUCGUGGAGGCAAGCCGAGCUGGAGAGGAUGAGCCCGGAGAGAAUGUUGGACAUGUCUAGAUCUGAUUACUAUUGUUGGUGCUUGGACUCCAAAUGAGGUGGAGAUGAUGAAUUCAACAACAAGUUUGAACUAUUUAUUUCCUUCUUUUAUGCCAGUAGAUUUAUGUGUAUUAUCAGAAGAAGCAGUAAUAUUGUAUAAUGCCAUUACUAUUGUUGCUAU